CAGCACCGACAGUGACUCUGCGAACAUCUAUAUAACGCCGCCUCAGCAUUGUGUUGGACCCCAGUGAAGAGUCCCUCCGCCUCCUCGCUACACUCUCAGCCAAGUGCAUUCGACCUGUUCAUCGCAACCGGAUCAACCAACGCAAUAGCCACGAUGACCUACACCAUCCACGUCCGCAUCAUCAACGCGAGCCCCAAGGACUUCGCUGUCGUCGAGCAGACCGUGUGGUACUACGCCGACGGCGGCGUCUGGACCUAUGCCGACGACAUCCGCACGCUGACGAUGAACGGCAGCGGCACGUCGGGCGUGCUGCGCUUCCGCGGCUCGGAUGGCGAGGAGUUCCUCGUCCCGCUCGGGGUGCACAACUACAAGCGGUGGUGCGACAUCGUCCCGGACCUCGCGCCGGGAGACACGGCGAUGAAGGUCCAGCCCGAGUACUACAACAGCGGCGCGCGCGGGGAGAUGCUCUGGAAGCAGCUGGAGGAGAUCUCGAAGAAGAGCGCGAAGGGCACCCAGAUCGACGUGAAGUACACGUCCGAGAAGGACACGGUGUUCACCGUCCACAUCACGAUCGCCUAGUUGUCGCUACUGGGCUAUAGCAGGUUGUUGGAAAAGACCGUUGCUGCACUGUAUAAAUGUUGUUCGAGUCCUCAUGUACGGUGUCUCAUCACCAAAGUUGAAUGCCAGUGAAUUUACAGAG